GUCUCAACCCCGUGGCGCGCUCCACUGGGUUCUUCGGAGCUAGCCUCCAUCUAACUUGCCUAUUUUUUUUUUUGGCCAAACAGGUUGGAGCAGCUCGUGACGCUGUUCGUCCAUAAGAACCAACUGACCUACCUGCCCAUGUGCCUCACCAACAUCUCCACGAUGAAGAUGAUCAUCGUCAGUGGCGACGAGCUCACCUGCACGCCCACCAAGCUGUGCAGUAACCCAGAAAUCAAAUUUGUCCGACUGUGUGAUAACGCACUGAAAAAGAAGAAGAAGGAGGAGAAGAAGAAGAAAGAGAAGACCAGGAAAUGGAGGUGGAGAACGCCAGAGGAGCAGCAGGAGGUGAAGGACGGCCGGGAGAAGGAGUUCAUCGAGGCGUACGUCAACACCCUGAAGGACAGAGACACCGUCCCUUACUCCACCACCACGGUUUCCAUUUCCUGCCAGCUGUGAAGAUGAAGAUGAUGAAGGUUACACCGGAAGUCUGAGAUACGAGAGCGAUAGGUUGUUUUUUGUUUUUUUUUUGAUUGAAAUGAAUAAUCAGAGAACAUGUUUUUCAAUAGUUAAUUAAGUAAAAAACAUUUUUUUUUUACUUUUUGGUUUAGAUCGUGUGAGAGAUUGAUUCAAAACGCUGCAUUAACUUCUAAUUUUAAAAUUUUCAAUUAAAAACAUUGAACUGCUGAAUUAUAUUCGGAGCUGCAGGCGACUUAAAACGGGUUGAAAUUAAAAAUAUCAAAAGCUUGGUAUUUCAUAUAAAUGCUUAAAGUUUGAAUUUUUACAAAUUUUUUUUUUUUUGAUUGUGAAACAAGAAUAUUUUUGUAGAUUUCACAGUAAAUGACUGCCGAGUUAUUUUUUUUUCCAUUCCAAAAAUAUUUUCCAUUUGCAUGAAAGAUUUUUUUUGUUCAAGAAAAACAAAUAUUGUAAAGAUUUCCAUAUUCUCCACUUACAAAAUUUUACAGGAUAUAUUUUUCUUUAUUCUUCAAAUUCUACGACAAACACAUACACAGACUGAAUGUUGUUUAAAUACUGUUGUUUGAAAUAUUUCCAAUAUUUAUGAUUGUAUGUGAGAGAGAAAAAAAAUUGUGUAUUUCAUAAAAACUGAAAUAUUUAGUUUCUAUUUUUCUAAUUUGAUUUUUGUCGGCAGUUGCCGUGUGUACGUUGGUUUUUAACGUUUUCUUAUUUAAAAAUAAACGUUUGUGAAAAUGAAGCGUGUUCUGUAUUGAAAUAUAACUGUUAUUUUAUAUUUAUAUUUUAUAAAUUUUUAUUUUCUAACAUUUAGGACAAAAAAAAUCAAUGUCAGAAUUGUUUUAAAUCCCACAAAAUUCUCUUUAUUGUCGUUAUUAUAAUAGAUAUUAUCGGAAACUAAGGACAAAAGCAAAUGCACAGAUCGUGAACAUCUUCAUAUAAAAAACAGAUAUGAACAUGAA